UAUAACGAGGAGACACUCGUUACCUGUACCUCUAUAUAACGCCACACCUGUGUCUCGUAUCAACCCUAGUGUGACCGAAGAAAAUGGCGUCGUUUACUCUCUCGCUGUUGAUCUUCCUGUCGGUGAUUGCAGAGUCGUUGUGCUGGCGUUGUGCCUACUACCGGAACCUGUUUGACCAGCAGCCGGAGUACCUGGACUGUCUGGUGGGAUGCUGUGGAGACUCCUGGAACCGACACUGCUGUAGCGAGGCUGGUUUGAUCAUCGGCUGCUGUCUCGCAGCAGUGUUCAUCAUCAUCGUUUCCGUCAUCAUCGCCUGCUGUUUGAUGAAGAAGAGGAGGAUACGUGAAGCAAACUACAUGAGAGCCAGGUAUCCAGCAGCUGGGAUGAACAUCACACAGCCAGGCUAUCAACCCCAGGUCGUGACAGGAAAUAUUAGGAAAUCUUCCUUACAAAAAGACUUGAUAUAAAAUAAAGCUAUCUGAGAAUGACACAUGGAAAUUCGGUAAAGGAUAUGACCAUGAGGACAAUUAUUUGGCAUCUCGGCGGACUUCUAAAGCAGUGAGAGCUGGUUCUUCCCUGUGUACGGAGGUGCUGAAAACAGUGGCACCAAUCUGAUGAUGUUUUAUUCAAUACAAAUGGAUAUGUAAUGAAAUGACUACGCAUGGUACCAACACUGCUUCAUACAAUUCAUAUCGUAGUCUCCGAAAUGUAGUGACAAUUGUUUUAUAAUUUUUUAAAAAUCAAUUUUUUUAUGAAGACAACCAAUCAUACACUUCAUUUUCAUUAACUGUUAAAUAUAUUGGAACAUUCGGGCGUACUUUAGUCCCGAAAGAAUGGCCUAAAAGAACCAACCUUUCUGAUAAAACUUCCAAUUUGUUAUCCCUGUAUCAAUGCAAAAAGAUUGGAUGGAAAUAAUCAAUGUGUAGCCAGUCUAUAUUGUAUGGAAUUCUGGGUCUGGUGGAAAUGUUAAACAAAACAGCAUUUACGUGGCCUUAUCAUGGUAAUUUCUUUUUAUUGGAAAUAUCAUUUUGUUCCAGUUUUAUCGUAUUUAUUAUUCUUUUAAACUCAGUCCAUACAAGUUCCGUACUUCCAUUGUUAUUUUGAGAUAAAAUAAACACAGCUGACGUCGCCCCAUACUGUUACAGCUUAUCCACAGAGUGAGUUAGUGGAUGCUUAAGUUACUACUUUUACUAUUACCACAUACCCAGAACGUUUCCAGUGCGACAUCUUUGGUUCAGAUGUGGCCACGGCAGGCCCAGUGGUAUUAGAUACCGCAAUUCGCAGUGCAGAGCUGCUUCUCGUUGGCUCAUAAGAAACCUAUGUUCGAAUCCCAAAACGAGUUUGUUUCCAGGUUUGUCAGCACCAUUUCUCUUUCUUGCAUCACUUCGUGCGUUCCUCCGAUAUGAAGGUGACACCGUGAUGUAACUGGAAUACUGUUCAGAGCGGUGAUAAGACCAAUCCACUCGCUCACUCAUCGGUGCAGUUGAUAACGUCGCAUACCCACCAUUGUGAUGUUUGAUCAGUUUAUGUUGAUUGCAAAUCUGUCAUGACCAUCAGCUGUUGAACUUGUCAUCAACAGUAAACCAUGCACAUAUCCUUUAAGCUAAAAUACGCUCAUAAUUUUAUCAGGGAGUUGAGGAAUAGGAUUUCUCGCUUCCAUAAAAUGUCAUUUCAGUUCUGUAUGAUCAUAUUAUCCAUUUCCAUAGCAACCUGUAAUUUACACUAGUUAAUUGUCAUGACCAAUUAGAGGCUUAGUUAGUUGAGUCACUAUAUGCUGGCGAGACGAGUCGCCUAUUGUCUUUGUAAAUACGUGUAUACAGGCUUUAAAUGAUUCCCAGAGACUGAACAGUGCAGGUUUUAAUCAGUGUUGACUGAUAAUUAUACAGAUAAUUCGGAUGUGGGAAAUAUUUUGACAAUUAUACACCUGUUUUGCGAUCAAUGUCCUUGUCAUUGUAUAUAGAUUGUAAUAAAACAUUUGUACCUUUUCGUAAA